AUGCCAUCUUCAGCAGCCGCAGAUCAACUCGCAGACGCCCGCACUCGCCUGCUCUCGCACUUCACUGGUGACGUCUCCCAGCACGGCAAGAAAUGGGACGACCUCUGGAAGGAAGGCUUUGUACCUUGGGAUAGGGGGUUGCCAAAUCCCGCUCUUGUCGAUCUACUUUCUGAACAACCGGGCCUCCUUCCAAAUCAACCAGGGCGGAAACGCAAGGUGCUAGUUCCCGGCUGUGGGAAAGGAUAUGACGUUUUGCUGUUCAGUGCGCACGGGUAUGAUGCAUACGGUUUAGAGAUUUCGGAUGCGGCGCUGGAGGGAGCUAGAAGAACUGAGAAAGAAGGGAAGCAGGAAGGUGUUUAUGAGACGCAGAAAGAAGUGGAGAGAGGGACCGUCAAAUGGUUGAAGGGCGACUUUUUUAAGGAUGAGUUUUUGAAGGACGUUGAGUGCGAGGGGCUAUUUGAUUUAAUCUAUGACUAUACUUUUCUUUCCGCCCUACCGCCUUCACUGAGGGCCGGCUGGUCGAAACGCAUGGCACAACUUCUUAGUCCUGAGGGACGACUCAUUUGCGUCGAAUUUCCCACCUAUAAGCCCCCAUCCACCGGUGGCCCGCCUUGGGCUCUGCCGCCGAAGAUAUAUAUGGCCCAUCUGUCACGGCCAGGAGAGGAGCUUCCCUAUGGGGAGGAUGGCAGUCUGCUCGAAGCGCAGCUUGGGGAGCCAAGUAAGAGUGGUUUACAACGGGUGGCACAUUUCCAGCCCAAGAGGACACAUGAAAUCGGUUAUGAUGCCGAGGGAAAUAUAACGGAUUGGGUUUCGGUAUGGGCACAUCCAAAAACUGUUAGCUAG